CAACGAUUAUGAUCUGUGAAUGCGUGUGAAAGUCACAUUACCCUUCGGUUAUUAUGGCGUUUUCUGAAAAAUGGAAGUAGUGGCCAGUCUUAUAUCUCUGUCUGUCACACAAGUUUUACAGAUUUCUGGACUUUAUGACAAAAAGAAUGCUCUCAGGACCAAAAAGAUGGAAGAGAAGGCAUUAGAAGUAUACGACGUGAUCCGGUCGAUCCGUGACCCGGAGAAGCCCAACACCCUGGAGGAGCUGGACGUGGUGACGGAGCAAUGCGUUGAGGUCCAGGAGCUGGGAGAGGAGGAAUACCUCAUCAUUAUCAAGUUCUCCCCCACCGUCCCCCACUGCUCCCUCGCCACACUCAUCGGCCUGUGUCUACAAGUUAAACUACAGCGAUGCUUGCCAUUUAAACACAAGCUGGAGAUUUACAUUUCUGAGGGGACCCAUUCUACCGAGGAGGACAUUAACAAACAGAUCAAUGACAAGGAGCGUGUGGCGGCUGCCAUGGAGAACCCCAACCUGAGGGAGAUUGUGGAGCAGUGUGUAGCCGAGCCUGAUGACUGACAGGGUGACACUGUCAGACAGACAGAUAAUGAGAGAGAGUGAGAGAGAGACGAGUGGAGGCCCCCGGACGGAGACCUUGACAGGCGACGUCAGCGCUUCAUUGUUGCUGAGGGAUUUCAGGUGCUGGAGAGGGAUGGGGAAGUCCAGCAAAAGAACGUAAAAAUGGCUUCCUUCACCUCUCCCACAUCUCCACGUGAUGGGGAAGCCUCUCUCUAGCUUUCCUCUCCCUCAUCCACGUGGGGUCCGGCCCCUUUCACUCAUUCUUCCAAAAAGACGGUGUUUGGAGGUGGAGUUGACCCAAAGCCCUCCGUACACCCCCUCCUCUCUCUGCAUGGCACAGGAAAUAAAGCAUUGAGACCUGCAGUCCUUUGCCGUGUGGGUGGCAGAAGCCUUCGCCAAGCCUGUCCUUUAGCGGUCGACCUUAUCAGAUUAUUCACCAAGCUCCAUGUCUGCGAUGAAAAUGUGAUUCUGUGAGUUGUUUUUUUUUUUAGCAAUGAUUUAAAGAGUAGAUCAUUUGAACUGAUAUUAAAAGCUACACUGCGGAUCAGCUUGUGGAUGGUUGGUGCUUCGCGCAAACAUGUACGCAAUGUAUGCCUGAGUUUCUACUGUACCUCGUAUCAUAAAGAUGAUUCAUAUUUACAAUAUUUUAUAACGUCUUCAAGAGCAAUUUCAUAUCUGUCGGUUUCGAGGGCACCCAUCCGUCUACCAUUUGAUGUACACCUGAAUGAAAGGGAGCGGUCAGGUGUGGUUUUGUGAGGGGAGGGAGUUUGAUUUGACUAACAGUAAAUAAUGGCCCAGUACGUUUAGAAGAAUGUGGACAUCAGUCUGCUGUUGUCUGGUUUCCGUUUGGUGGGAGAAGACCUGUCAUCUUGCUCUUAUUCACCAGGCACUUUAGUUGGUGUGUACACCUGCAAGUGCAGGAUGACAUGACCAGAAUAUUAUUGUAUUUGUCAGGGAGAGAAAAAACAUUUAUAAACAUAAAAUCAAAUUAAGAUUUUUUGUGAAUUUCUACAGCAUCGUGUUAAGUAGAUGUAAAAGAACGAAAAUACAUUUUUCAUUUCAUGGGACUUUUACCAAGUGGCCUUAUAAAACACUUCCUUAUGCACAAAUAACAUGCACAUUCUCUCUCUCGCUCUCGCUCUCGCUCUCAAAACCAUCUGUUGUCAUGUGAGUGUCUUACCCAAUGGGGGCACUGUUGGUCUUACUCAAAGGUCCUGAGAGUGGCGUUUAUCACAUUUCCAAUGUCUCCUCAAUAUGUUGGCAGAAGACAAAACCCUUAAACUCUUCUUUUAUAAAAAGGACCUCAGCUUGGUUCCGGGAGCGUGGUCUGGAAGCAAGAUACCGACCUGUUGUAAAGACGUCUGUACAUUGGGAUUGUGACCCAGUGUUCACGCAGGCCCUCUACUCACGUUUGAAUAAAUUGAC